GAAGCCUCCCGUGGCUGAAGAUCCCGACCGCGACCGUUACCCCGACCGCGACGCGACGCGGCGGUGACUGCUCCGGGGCGACCGAUCAUCGCCCCGAAACCGGGGCCGCCUAAGUCCGACAUGAGCUCCCCGGAUGAGGUGUCUGUUUGGGGAGCGGGUUUCGGCCCGGAGGGUGGGGAGCCGGCUGGCGUCCGCCCCGCGGGCCCCGGAGCCCAGCGGGGACCAGGCCCAGGCCCCGACGCGGGGCCACCACAGAGCGGCGAGGGCGAGGGCGGGGGCGGCUUCCGGGACCCCAAGGGCUUCGAGUCAGAGACGGAGGAGCUGGAGGCGGGAGGGCUGGUGCUCUGGGGCCGCGAAGGCCGACCUGGCUCCCCGGCCGACGACAAGGGCGUCGCCCUGGAUCUGGCCAACGAGUCUGCGGCGGCCAUCCUGCGGCAGCUGGCCGACCUGGACGUGCUGGGCGUCCGCAGAUCCCCGUCCCCCGAGAGCUGCGCCCCCGCCGCCGCCGCCGAAGUGUCAGCGGUGUGGGCCGGCCUCGAGGCGGGUGCCGGCAGUGGAGGCGCGUCCGCCCAGGGCUGUGGAGAAGCGCAGCAGGCUCUGGCCCGCUGUCUCCACCUCGGUGGGCCCGAGGCGGGCUGGGCCUGGCCGAACCGGAAGAGAGGCACUAAGAGUAGGUUGCCCUUGGCUGCCAGUCGCCAGCGGCCCCCCGCGGAAGGCCCGGUCGGGCUGCCUUCCGACCCCGAGUCCUCCGACGAGUUCGGUGAGAUACAGCUGAUGAGGGUGAGCAUUUACCCCAGGGGAGGAGGCCAGGCCCAGCCCUGCAGCCCCGAGGCUCCCGGGUUCACACUCCCGCACUUCCAAGUCAGGGAGAAUUUCCUCCACGUGCCAGGCGCUUUCCUGGCCCCUGCUCUGCGAGGGUUCACUUCGGUUGUGGAAAGGCAGGGCGUUGGAGAGCCGGACAUCUCUUCCCCUAAGAAAAUGCAAAGCAUCCUCUGGGGGAAGGAGGGAAGCAGGCCCAGCUACCCGGGGGCUGCUGUGGCUGCGGCUGCGGUGGCGGCGGCGGCUGCGGCGGCGGCGGCUGCUGCUGCGGGCGGCCUGCCCAGGGCCACUCCUAGGAAGAAGGGGGCCCAGGAGAAGAAAUCCCUCGGGGGAGCCUCCGCCCUCGCCCUGGGGAGAACCUUCCCUCCCUGGGGGCAGCGAGUCUCGGCAGCUCCCCUGGAACCGGCCACCUUCCCCCCGAUCGCUGGUGUUCCGCUGCUUGGGAGGUCCAGGAAGUAUUCCUUGGUCCCUUCGGGAACCAAGCAGUCCAAGCACGCGGGCGCUGGGAAGAAACCCGCCGCCAGGAGGGCAAGGGAGUCCGAGCUGGUGGUGGCUGGAGAAGAUAACGACCCAGACGGAGACCAGGUCCCAAGGGGCCAACUUCCAACACACAGGCCAGGGCCAUCUUGUCCGUACCUGCAUCAUGGGUAUCCCAGCAGCGGCGACCUCAGCACCAGAGCCCCCCACGUUCCAGGAGACUCAGAGCCCUCGGCCCUGAACCAGGUAGCCGUCAUGGCCAGAGGGCCUGCACCCUCAGGUGACCUGGAACCCCUUGACCAUCCCCCAAGACAUGAAAGGCAGCAGCAGCCGCCAGGGGCACAGGGCUGUCCUCGGUGCCUCCUGCUACAGAGAGAAAUCGACGACCUGAAGGAGCAGCUUGCCGCCAUGCGGUACCUGGCUGACAUGUUCCAGACCCUUUGAAGUUGAGCCCUGCAUCUUCAUGCAAGAGGAGCGGCUGGUGCCUUUGGGGCCCGGGAGGUGCUGUGGCCAAGCUCGGUCCCUCUUGUUCUGCCUCAGCCAGAGCUUCCUCUCCCUCUUGUUUUGCCCCUCCCCUGCCUCAGUGUCAUGGCAGUUUC